AUGUCGGCAUCUCACAGCGAAAUGGACGAUUCGUUCCGCGUCCUCUCGCUGCCAACGACGGCCACUGAGGCCGAGAUCAAAAAGGCGUAUCGCAAACUCUCUCUACGGUAUCAUCCGGACAAAGCAGGCAAGGAUGUCGAUCCCGUCAAGGCGGCAGCACGUUUCCACGAGAUCAAUCUCGCAUAUGAGACGCUCAUGGACCCAGCGGCGCGUGCGCGUGCUGUUCAGCGGAAUGCAGAGGAUGCUGCGAAACGCGAACGACAAGAUCAGUACGAAGGAAAGCGGCGCCAGAUGGCAGACGAACUCGAACGCAGCGAAAAGGACGCUCUGCAGAAGCGGCAGGAUGCAAUCAGGCUGGCGAGAGAGCGAGUCACAAAGGUCGCAGAGCUGCAGGCAGAGUCGCGUCGACUGAUGAAGCGCAAGCAGGACGAGAUCGACGCCAAGGCAAGACAGCGACGCCAGGCGGUCGCAGACAGGACAAGAAUGGAAGAGGAGCAUGCAAAGGCGCAGAGGGAGCCAGAGCUGCUUCCACUGGACAAGACGGUGAGGGUGCAAUUCCCAACCACACAGCUGUCUCAGCUCGCAGGGACGUCGGCAGGGUCACUCGAGCCACCAGCGGACCCUUUGUCUACACCUCUGGCAAAGACGCUAGCGAGCCAGUUUGGAGAGCUGGAACACCUACAAUUUCAGCUUCCGUCCGCCAGCAGGAAGGUCAAGAGGGAGUUGAUGGCGCUUGCGACCUUUAAGACGCUGCUGGACGCAUGGCAAGCCGUGGUGACGGGCGGCGAGAUGCGUUGCACCGGUAUACUGGAGGAGUGCUUCGUCGGAUGGGCUCAGUAUACUAGGAACAGCGAGACCAAGGACAAGAUCUACACGGAACCCAAGAGAGUAGAAUGGUACAAGAAGCACGGCAUCGCGCGUCCGAGCGAUAUUGGUCAUGUCCGCCCAAAGGCGAGGCCAGACGAAGCCGCCACUGCUGCACAGUCCGGCUCGCAAGACGACCCAUCCCUGUCAGCAUCCGCAGCGACCAUCUACUCUCAGGCCUACGAAGCACGUACGCUGCAACGACUCAGAGACGCCGCAACACAGGCGAAUCUCGCCCAAGCCCAGGCAACACACUGA